AUGUCAAGUGCAUUUAUGGAAAGAUGGUUGAAAAGAAAAGCACCAGAUGAUGCUAAUAAUGUUGGUAAUUCUCUGCAGCAAGAUGCCAAUGUUACUUUUCAUCCAAUGCCAUCAGCUCCUAAGGAUAUCAAUUGGGAGGAGGAGAUCCAAUUUGAUCCAGGCAAAAGGAAGGAAAUAAGUGCUUAUCAUCCUAAUCUUAGAGAAACAGUAAGAAGAAAGUACCUGGUAAAUGGUCCUUGCCAACCUCGCACUCUUAAUUUUCCAUCUAUUCGGAUUGGAGAUAAAAAUAGAAGGUUUAAUCCUGAAUGGUUUGAUGAAUUUGGAAAUUGGCUUGAGUAUAGCGAGUCCACCCAUAGAGCAUAUUGUUUUGUUUGUUUCUUGUUUAGAGACCCCACUAAGAAAGAGGCUGGGUACAAGUCGUUCGUUUUAGAUGGUUGGAAUUCUUGGCAUAAUAAAGAAAGAUUAAAGGAACAUGUUGGUGGUGUUAACAGCCUUCACAAUAUUGCAAAGAAGAAAUGUGAAGAUCUGUUACACAAAGCACAACACAUUGAUGUUGCUCUUCAUAAGCAGUUGGAGACUUCUAAAAAUGCAUAUUUUGUUCGACUUAAUGGUGCAAUUGAUACUGCCAGAUUGCUGCUCAAGCAAGGAUUGCCUUUUCGAGGACAUGAUGAGUCAAAUACAUCUUAUAAUAGAGGGAAUUACAGGGAAGUUUAUGAUUGCUUAGCCAAGCAUGAUGCGGCUUUAGCCAAGGCAUUGACAGUUGAUGCUGCAGAUAAUAGCCUUUUGGUAUCUCCUGACAUACAAAAAGACAUCAUCAAGUGUUUUGCAGAUGAGAUUUUGCAUUCUAUCCUUGAAGAUAUUGGGCAAGAUGUAUUCUGCUUGCUAGUUGAUGAAUCUAGAGAUGUCUCUUACAAGGAGCAAAUGGCAGUCGUGCUGAGAUAUGUUGAUAAAUCUGGUGUUGUGAAGGAGAGCUUUGUUGGGAUUGUUCAUGUCAAAGAUACAACGGCUGCCAACCUCAAGUCAUGUAUCGAUUCUUUGUUUGCUAAACUAAAGUUGAGCUUGAAACAAAAACCAUUUGGACAGGGCUAG